UCCAGGUCACUCCCAAUCGCAAUACUCGUACAAUAAAGGCCAUGUGGGAAAAAACAUAGCAGGUGGAUCCCACCGCAUGGUGCGCUGUGCAGACCGCAACAAACGCCGGUGUCAAGAUAGCAGUGUAAAAAAGAUGGCCCAAGGGGAAAAGGUCAUCUGAGCACAUCCACCUUCGCCCUCUCCCGCACAUCGGUGAUCUGCAUACGUCCCAGGCGCUCGAGCAGUUCGCAGGCACCUUUUCCCCCGAAGGAAGUGAGCUGGUUGGUCUCCUCCUGCAACAGGUUUGAAUUCAGCCCCUGGCCAAGGUUGAGGGUAGGCAGGCAUCACUGGUAUUCGGACGAUAAUGUCGGCGAUAAAGAGUCCGAAUUUCUGGCAUGUGGCCCAAUGGGAGCACAGGCGCCAGGGGUUGUUCCAGGCAUAUGCAGCGGUGAUGGAGCGCUGCGCAAAUUUGCGAGCCACAUGAUCUAUUUCAGCAGAGUACGCACUCUUCGGCCAAGCAGGCAGUCGGCGGAAGAGGACAUGCUAAUCGGAGUCUUUAAAUCCCGUCCUCUCUUGCCGACAUGUACCAUGUGUCGCCGAAGAAAAUCAGGAUGCCGACUGCCUCGCGAAGACUCGAGGCCGGAAGGACCGUUUGUGCAAGUCCGGACGUGUCCAUCCGGUCGCUCUAAUGCCGCCCAUUACACCGUGCCAGAAAAUCCACCUUGCAAAUGGUGCUCAGCAGUGGGAGGGUUUUUUUGCAGAGUUCUUACUGAACCCAUCGGCGCCAGAUGUAAACAAUGGCGAGGCGGCGGAUCUGGGGCUAUCGCAAGGGGAUUUUGGCUCUAUCGCAAGCAUAUCGAAGAACAAUGCCGAAUCUGUAUAUAUCUGAGGUGGAAAGGUGGCUCCCUCCUAUCCCCCUAUGCCGAAAUAUGAGGGACAGGAUCUAUAAAUAAAACAUUGGAGCAAAAG